GCCGAGGAUAGCCGGGCGACAGGCAGAGCCGUGGGUCAUCCCGAGAUCGCAUCUCGGAGAGCCAAAGUCUGCUCGAGGGGAGCCAAUCCGGAUGCACGACGUUCGAUACGGGCGCACUAGCUUGAGAAAUUCGAUCCACGACUGCAGACCCGACCACGACUCAUAAAGCUCUCCAUGCGCCCUUCACCCCGACCAAUCCACCCCCUCGAGAUCCCGAACUUCUUCGGCCGGAAAUGGCGUCGCACCAGCAGUCCACCACCACCGGCAUUGAGCUGCAACCGACGAGUGGCGUCGAAGAACGAGGGGCCCCGAAAUCGACCGGAGAUGCCGCACCCGCCGCGACAACGGACGAGGUGCUGCAGGCCUCGCUGCAGGCCGACGCGGAGGUGCCGGAUGGUGGAUAUGCCUGGGUGGUGAUCUCGGCCUGCGCCGUGGUGACCUGGUGGUUCAUCGGCACCGCCUAUUGCUGGGGUGUGUUACAAGCGGCCCUGGUGCGUGAGGGCGUUGCCUCCUCGUCCACCUUGGCCUUCGUCGGCUCUCUGGCGCCGGCCUGCAUCUCCUUCCUGGGCAUCGUCGACGCGCGUCUCAUUCGCAAGGUCGGCACGCAGCGGUCGGCCGUAGCGGGCAUCUUCCUGGUCGGCUUAGGGGAAGUGCUGAGCGGCUUUGCCAUGCGCCACGUCGGCGCCUUGUUCGUGACGGCCGGCGUCGUCGUCGGUGUCGGCACGAGCAUCUGUUUCAUGGUCGUCUCCAUCAUCACGGCGCAGUAUUUCCGAGCGAAGCGCGGCAUCGCAAAUGGGAUUGUGUACGCGGGAGGUGGCCUCGGGGGUGCCGUCAUCAGCUUCAUUCUGAAUGCGCUGCUCGACCGCGUCGGCACGGCAUGGACCUUUCGCAUCCUGGGGUUUCUGGUCUGGGGAACCGGCUUGCCAGCGGCCUAUUUGAUCCGACAACGCGUUCCCAUUCCCCGAAGCGCAUUCAUCGAGUGGCGCCUCCUGCGCGACGUGCGCUUCAUGCUGCUUUUCGCCUCCGGAGCCAUCGCCACCUUCCCGCUGUUGGUGCCGCCCUUUUUCCUGCCUCUGUACACGGACUCGAUGGGAAUGGCCUCCAGUGCGGGCGCGGGCGUGGUGGCCGCCUUCAAUUUCUCGUCGGCCCUGGGUCGACUGUUGUGCGGCUUCUGCAGCGACCGUUUGGGCCCGUUGAACACGCUUUUUCUCUCGCUGCUACUCAGCGCUCUCAGCAUGCUGAUCCUCUGGCCCGUGUCGACCUCCAUCGGUCCCCUGGUCGUUUUCGUCAUUGUCAACGGUAUGUCCAACGGCGGCUUCUUCUCGACGAUGCCAACGGUCGUGGGCAACGUCUUCGGCUCCGCGCGCGUCUCGGUAGCCAUGGGCAUGGUGGUGACCGGCUGGGCCGGCGGAUACCUUCUGGGCGCGCCGAUUGCCGGAUACAUCCUGGGGGCGUCGGGCGGCGAGGACGGGGGCAUCGGGAACUAUCGGCCGGCCAUCUUCUACGCCGGAGGAAUGGCACUGGUGGCCGCUCUACUGGCCUUAUCAAUCCGCUUGAAGACGGACUUGAGGCCAUUCAAAAAGUUGUGAUUUCGAAACCCACGGGCUCGGAACAUGCCUGUUCAGCCUACAGGAACGGGCUUAAACAAACUUUCUGGGUCCCCAAUAUAAUGUGUGCUCCGUCCAUCGAUAAACACCCACUACAUCGACGUAGCUGUCUUGGAAAGUCCCUGUAAAUCAUGUCAUGUCGACCGAGCUUUUCUUGGAGAACGGCGUUUGACAUCAACUCACGGGAUGUUCCGGUCCAAAUCUCGCCCCCCCGCCUCGCCUUCCCUUGAAAACGUCACCACGUUUCGCUGAAUACCAUUGGAUCGAUGGCGAGAUUGGAUCUGUGCUGAUGUGCAAGGAGCAGUUGAUUGUCUCCCGGGGAUGAAAUGGAGAAAGCCUGACGAUUAGCGGACAUUGGGGCUAAGUUCAUGUCAAACAGAUAGAUG